AACAGACCAUUGUGACCUUUGACCGGCGGAAGUAAACAGAACCAUUUCAACACAUCUCAAGGAUACGUUUAUUUUUAUUUGCACUAUUUACCUUAUUACCUCCCGUGACCACUUUUAAAGGAGAAUAUAGUUUAGCGGACUAUUAAAAAAAAUGAUCGACUCAGGAUGUAAAAUGAAACGCGACUGUUGAGAUAAACAAACCGCAUGCUUAGUGUGACCUCUGACCGGCGGAAGUAAACAGAACCAUUUAAACGCAUGAAGUGGUAUGCGUCUCGAGCAUAUGUUCAUUUUUAUUUGUAGUAUUUACCUUGUUUUUUACCGAACGGAGCCAUCUUUUUAGGAAGAAUAUAAGUAGCUGAGCGGGCUGUUUUUAAAAGUUGUCGACUCCGGAUUUAAAGUGAAUCUCGACUGUAGAGAUUAUAAACCAAGAGCGCGCUCAUCCCUUUCACUGCUCUGAGAUUAUUACAAUGAGUUUUUCACAGAACAGGGACACGGCUUUCCUGAAGCCAGAUGAAGCCUCUGCUGUGGAGGCGGCGGUCAGGGCGGCGGUCAGGUCCAUCCUGAAGGUUUUCUGUGAGCUCAAUGAGAAGAGAUCGCACUGCUAUGAGGUGAAGUUAGCCGAGGCGGAAAGAGAAAACGCAGAGCUCAAGUUUCAGUUAAAAACCGCCGAGCAGGAGCUUCAAACUUUACGACAGAUCUCUUCUAAUUACAAAAUCUCAGCUGAGGUCACCUUCAGUACAGAUGUUAGCGAAGGGAGAGGAGGCGAGGAGGAGGAAGAAGAAGGGGCAUCUUUUCAGAGCGAUGGCAGCCUGGUGAUAAAGGAAGAGCCUUCUUUCGAGAGCACGUUGUGUUUAAAGAGUGAAAUGGCAGAUGAGACAUUUGCAGCAGAGUGUGAUUAUCCUCUGUUGGACAAUGUCCAGCUGUGUCAACAGACUCCAGAUGCAGAGAUGUGGAGCAUGCAAAAUCUACAGACAUUCACUUCAGCAAGAUCCAACCUGAACCAGACCAAAGAGAAGUGGAUUUCUGCUGAUGUUCUUACGGGAAGAUUGAAAAGCAGAGAGUGUGUGAGAAGAUACAGAGAAAGGAUCCGUGCUGAUCCAGAAAAGUACCUCGCCUGGAAGGAGAAGGAACGCUUGAGGUAUCAUCAGAGGAAAAAGACCAUUAACGAUCUGUCUGAGCCCAUGAAGAAGCUGAAGAGGAAGGCUUGGAGAGAGGCGAAGAAGCGGCAUCGUGCUAGAAAGCAGGUUCAAGCCACUGCGACGUACAUGAUCCAGACAACCGACUCAUGAAGAGUACACUGUCUGUACACUGUGGGCAGAAACUUUCUGCACUUGUGUACAUCAGUCAACAUUUCCACUGUGAUUAAGUUUAAGUUGUGCAAUGACAGGAAAGCGUCACAGAGAUGGAUGCUAUCCCGGUGUUAAAUGAAGAGCCUCUUUCCAAGAGCAUGUUCUGAAAUGACGGGCAAGAAAUUUCUGGAAAAUAUGGAAAGUUGCCAGAUGUGAAUCCAGUCACAUGACACGUCGAUAAUCAAUCAUGUGGUGUUUUGUGAUGAUGUCAUGACCAGGAGAUCAGCAGGCAGUACAGAGUGCUGAUCUGGACAUCUUCUCACCUGCAACGAGAGAGAACACUCAAGGUAUUCUGUUUCUGCAUGACUUCAUUGUUCACUCACUCGCUUUUAGGAAAUGCUCAAUCCUGAUUGGAGGAUGUCCUGCUCUUGGUCGCUUUAUCCUGGUCACAGUGAAUCCAGAAUCUAUUUCGGGAACGCUGACUAUGAGGGAGGAUGGAAUGCCCCCCCCCCACACACACACGGACAUUCACACCUGGGUGGAGUUUAUUUGGGCCAGUUCACCUAACAAGGUAGGAGGAACCUAGAGGAACCCCAGGCUGAGAUCAUGUGACUUCACUGUCGUAAUCUCAUGAAAAUAGUCAUUCAAACCAAUGAAGAACUCGUUGCUCACAAAAUCGUUGCAUCAUUAGUUUCCUCACUCAGUAAUCACCAACGAGAAGAACCCAAGGUCUUAAAAUCAGUGUGUAAUCUUUUAUCGAAGGAUGAUGGCAUAUACAAAGUCCUACUCAUGAAACGAUAUAACAUCACCCAUAUUGCCUAAACUGACAGCCAUCUUUAAUAGCACUGUAUUGGCAUGAAUUUUUAUUUUUUAAUUUUUUUUACAUUUUCUCAUGGGAUGUGUGUUUUGAGAACCUGCUACCCUCCAGGUCUCUUCGCAGGAGAAAAAGAAUCCAGGAUCUCCCCGAGCCCAUGCAGACGCUGCAGAGGAAAGCCUGGAGAGAAGCUACGAGGCGGCAC